GCGCGGGGCGCGGCCAUGGCGGACGGUGCGGGAGCGGGCGCGGCGGGCCAGGCCUCGGGACCGGCGGCGGGCUCUAGUGGGACAGGGGGCCCGGUCAACCCCGCUUCGCUACCUCCGGGAGACCCGCAGCUCAUUUCUCUCAUAGUGGAGCAGCUCAAGAGCCGCGGCCUGUUCGACAGCUUCCGCCGGGACUGCCUAGCUGACGUGGACACCAAGCCAGCUUACCAGAACCUGAGGCAGAAAGUAGAUAAUUUUGUGUCAACACACCUGGACAAACAGGAAUGGAAUCCUUCAAUGAACAAGAACCAGUUGCGAAAUGGGCUGAGGCAGAGCGUGGUUCAGUCAGGCAUGUUGGAAGCAGGAGUGGACAGGAUCAUUUCUCAGGUGGUGGACCCCAAACUAAAUCACAUCUUCAGGCCACAGAUAGAGCGAGCAAUCCACGAGUUCCUGGCAGCCCAGAAAAAAGAAGCUGUGCCAGCUCCUCCCCCAGAACCUGAAAGCCAGGAUCCUCCAGCGCCAUCCCAAGAUUCUUCCUAAGGAUAUACCUGAUACCUUUGGAAAACUCCAUUUAAUGAAGAAAUGAAAUGGAUUCCGGUUUCAUACAAAUGUAACUUUAGUCGACCAUGUCACUCCUGAUGUCAAGAUUUUGACCUUGACUCUAGUGGUGUCCAUAUUGGAUGGUCAGCAAGUUUGGUGGUGGGACGUUAUUCAUACUUCCGCAUGAAUUGUGCUGCCUUUGGCCAGCCUGUCCAGGGGUCUGAGCACAGUAUAGACACUACAGAGGUUUAAGCACUACGUGACUUGGGCUGUCCUGAUCAGACCUUUAUACUUGAACCUGGACACUGCAUGUGGAUGUUAACGCUUGUGCUCUGCAGUGUGCAGAAGCCAGGCUGGGGCUAGCCGGUCAGGACAGCA